UAUAUCUUACCUUUUCUACAACUAUUUUUGGUCUGUUCAAUAACUUUACAAUCAAUUCUCAUCCUUUAGAUGGCCUACUUUCUGAGGCAUGAGAGUAGACCUUAAGAGCUACUGCCUGUUGUAUUUAUUAGUGGAUUUUGUUCUUUUCUCUUGAUAACUAAGUGAUUUGGGUUAGUUAAUCCAAGCUUUAUUGAUAUUUUUAGAGUUUAGAGUUAGAAAAACAAACUAUUUAUUGGUAAAUGUAACUGUUACAACUUUAAUAUGAUAAAAACAUAGAUGAAACUAGGGCAUCGGGAUAACAAAUGGGGAUAAUCCUAAACUUCAAGCUCUUCUAUGGUGUUUAUUUGAAGUAUUCCGGCGCGGUUGAGCUUGGGACUUCCAUAAUGGAGGUCUCAAAGUUCGAAAUCCUUUGCCAGCAAAAGCAAGGGGUUUGCCUUCUGGGUCGAGCUCGUCGCCUGGUGCGGGUACCUCUCCUGUGUGGUUUGCGAGCUAUUGCAUAGGAGCAGAGUUUCUAUCUUGUGCGCAUCCAAAGGAUAGCGACUGCGGGUUUUCCUUAUCAUAAAAUAAAUGAAUAAUGAACUUGCAAAAAAAAAGUACAAAUAAAUUCUUCAAAAAAUAAAACACAUAUAUAAAUAUAGAAAAUGCAGUUUUUCUAUAUAAAGGUUGCUUCCUAGACGGCCCGACUGCAAGGAAUGAAGAGAUCUUUGCCGGUACCGACUUGGAUCAUAAGGCGGCCAAGAGUAGACCAUUAUUGACACUAAACAUAUAAAGGAUAGAGGGAAAGAAUUUGGCAUAUGAGCAAUUAAUUUAAUGCAAUGAAGUAAAUUGCAAAACGUAACAUAUGAUAAACAUGGCAAAAGAAAACUCAAGCAUAAAAGGCUGUUAAAGUAGAGGAUAUAAUCAUGGAGCUACAAAUCUAAAAUCUAAGGAAACAAAAAAUGGGAAAUAGGAACGGGAUUAAACAUGGAAUGAGUAAAUAAAUAAAUAAAAAAAUAAAGCCACACACACAAAGAAAAAGACGAUCCCACACAAAACACGGUAUGGUUAAAGCCUAUAUUCCCUAGCAGAUUCUCCAUGUCGCUUAGGUCAGUUUUUCAACGGGAUUCAACAGUACUCAUGGUAAUUUUUUACUCCUUUGUUUGGUAGCGUUUCCAGCCUACUUUAUUAGUUAUAGUUAUACACCUACUCAAUAUUAUAUGGUAUAUAACUUUUUCUUGAUAAUGGUAUAGUUGUAUUCAUCAACAUUAACUACAUGCUGAAGACCUCCAAAAAUUGAGUUGGAUCAUUUCAAACAACAAUAAACAUGUACUUGAUUACAUGUUUCCCAUAAAGUAUUAUUUGUGCAUUCUAUUCUAUGCCUUCUUCACACCAACAAUUAAAGUUUGUCAUACACAACAAUUGACCUUCUCAAAAGGGUUAGCCUUGUUUUCAAAGCCCCUAUUGUUUCUCUCCUUCCAUAUGGACCACUAUAUACAUGAUGGUCUUAUACUCCAUUUUUUUCUGAGUUUUACUUCCCUUGUCUAAUUCAACAACUGUGUAACUCUGUUGUGUUUAACUAAUGUAUAACAAAUUAUGAUACUACCAAUACAACAAUUUGAGGUCUUUAUUAGUUUAUUAAAUGGAUGAGCAUGGCUAAAGGCAAAAUUGUCAUUAAUACACCAAAUCAAAUAGUGGAUAAGAAAAUAUCAUAGAAAAACUAAUUCCAACAUUACUAAUACAUUCUAUCCAGUAUUAUUCUUAUGCACUCUACCAAAUAACCCCUUAAUGAGAUGAUCUAUGUUUUAGACUACUAGUUUCAAAAGCAUUUCUUGCUUAAACUCCGUCCCCGAUGGAGUAACACAAUAAGAUGGAUGCAAAUGAUUCAUAUAAGUGAUUUGCCGACUAGUUUUGAUCAAUUGUUGUUGCACUUAAACUCAUUCUGGUGUUUGCCGAGAGUCAUUUUGGUGUAUUAGAAACAUUGUAUGUUAUUCUAUGUAAGUGUUAGAUUUUGAGAGCCUUUACUUUGAGACACCCUAUUAUCUCUUGGAAGACAUCUUACUUUAUUGUUGGGAUCAAAUCAGAUGGAAUAAAGUGGACUAGCAGUAUAGCAGAUCUAACCAGUUUGGUUUGAGUUGUAGUUUUUUGAUUGACUGUAUUGUGUUUGCUUUUAUUGCCAAGGGAGAGUGUCUUCGAUUUUUUGUAUGAAGCAUUGAUUCGGUACUCUCCCUUUUGCAGUAUAUUGGCUGCUUAUAACUGUUGAAUCGAGAGAUGCAAGCUGAUGUAUUAAGAGUUAGUUAACUAUCAUCAAGUCUGUUAGAAGUUAGUUAGAGGGAAAAUAAGUCAUUUAAUGUGUAAAGAUGAGCAUGCCUAAUGUGUGAACAAAGUCUAUAAAUAGGGCAGUUCACUAUCUCAAUAUAACAGUGAAAACAGAUGAAAUAAAAUUACAGUUAGUUUUCUCUCUUCUUCAGUUAGCUUUCUUCAGUAGUAGCUUCUAGAACAGCUUCAGUUAUGGAGUUUUACCAUGGUGUCAGAGCUUCGAUCAGCUCACUGAGAUUCAGACUGUGGUCGAGGACAGAACUUCGAUCCAACAAAAUUCAGUGAAUCGAGAAGAGCUAGCUUAGAAGUAGUUUAUCAAUGGUGAUAGAAGAAGGAUCUGGAACUUCAGCUCCAAUCGGAUCAACUGGUUCUGGUAGAAUGGAUAUCGAUCACAAUCAUCCCUUAUUUCUUCAUCCAAAUGACACUCCAGGUAGUUCGCUAAUCUCUCUGCAGUUAAUUGGAUUUGAGAACUAUGCUCUGUGGAGUAGAUCUAUGACUCUAGGUUUACUAGGAAAAAGUAAAUUAGGAUUCGUUAAUGGUCGGUACACCAAAGAUUAAUUCGAUGCAUCACUACAUGAACAGUGGGAGAAAGUUAAGGCAGUAGUCCUGUCAUGGAUCAUGAAUGCUGUUAAGAAGGAACUGUUAAGUAGUAUCAUUUAUGCAUCAAAUGCUCACAAAGUUUGGUUGGACUUAAAGGAGAGGUUUGACACUGUAAAUGCAGCUAGAGUUAUCUACUUGCAUAGAGAAAUUGUUAUUCUUACUAAAGGACUAUGUCUCUUUCUGAUUGCUUUUUGAGAAUGAGAACACUUUGGGAUGAGUUCAAUGCAAUUAUGCCCUGUCCAGGAUGUCAUUGUCCUGAGUCGAGAAGCUACUCUCAUCAUCAUGAGUACUAAAGACUUUUAAGGUUUCGAACGGGACUCAAUGAGACAUUUAAUCAGUGUAGGAGCCAAAUACUGAUGAUGACUCCCACUCCUACACUAAAUAGAGCAUAUUCCUUGAUCAAUGAUCAUGAAAGUCGAAGAGCAUUAACCAACUCACAUGUGAAGUCAGUCACUGAUGGGUUAGAAGGAGCAGUAUUUUUUAGUAACAAAGGAGGUUCUAAUCUGAGAGGAAACUAUGGGAAAGCUGUUGUCAUUGGAGGCAGUACUAGUCAUGAUGGAGCAGGUACUAGUCAUGGUGGAGGCAAUAUUUACUCUGCCAGUCAUGGUGGAGGUAGCAUAAACUCUGGACACACUAAUUUUGGUGGUAACUACUUCAAUAGACAGCCCUCUAACAACACUGUCAGACCACCAUGGAAACACACACUUGUGUGUGAAUUCUGCAGUUACAAUGGGCACACAAAAGAGAACUGUUAUAAGCUGAUUGGAUACCCUCCAGACUGGCCUAAGUCUAAGAAGAAAGUGGGAGGACAGUUUGCUUAGCAAGUGAUCAAUUGUGAAGAGCUGGAUUAUGAUAUGAAUUUUUCUAAGCCUAGCUUCAGUCCAGGAAGCUCAUCUCAUGCAAGUACCUCACAACAACAAUAGCAACAACCACUCCCUCCUCAUUUCACUCAGGAGCAGUACCAAAAAAUUUGUUGAUGUUAGGUAAAGGUAAUGAGGAGACAGACACCACUCAAACGGCAAAUGCAGGAUCUCUCCACUAGCAUGGUGAAGGGGAUUGGUAGGGAAGAUCAUGGAUUAUACAUUCUCCAGAGCAGCACUAUUUCUCAAACACCGCAACCUUCACUUUCACACAACCAGAGUGUCAACACUGCUCAACAUUUAUCAAAGUCUAGCAUUCUCUGGCAUAAGAGAAUGGGACAUGCACCUCUAGAAGUCAUCAAGAAACAUGCAAGUCUCAGACAUCUCAAAUCUAUAAGUCAUAUAUGUCUUGUAUGUCCUUUGGCAAAACACACAAAACUUCCUUUUUCUUUGAGUUGUUCUAGGUCUAAGUCUGCAUUUGAAUUGUUACAUUGUGACAUUUGGGGUCCCUAUAGAGUUCCAACUCAUGAUAGCAAGAGGUUUUUUGUCACAGUAGUAGAUGAUUUUACUAGGUUUACCUGGCUGUUUCUAAUAGAGUCUAAAACUGAAGACAUUGUUGUACUCAGAAAGUUUCUUACAGAAAUAAACAAUGUAUUCUCUACUUCUGUUGAAGUGUUGAGAACAGACAAUGGCUUGUGAAUUUUUCAGUCAUGAGUUUAAAUCUUUGUUGUCUCACCUUGGCAUAGUUCAUCAAAGUUCCUGUGUCUACACUUCACAACAAAAUGGAGUUGUAGAAAGAAAACAUAGAACCAUUUUAGGUAUAGCUAGAUCACUCAGAUUUCAAGCUUCCCUUCUCUUACAGUUCUGGGGAGAAUGUGUCACCACUGCAGUCUAUCUUCUCAAUAGAAUUCCAUCCAAACUUCUACAUUUUCAGUCUCCUUAUGAACUCUUAUAUCAUCAACCCCCCUCAUUAUCUCAUAUCAGAGUCUUUGGCUGCCUCACCUAUGCCUCUACUACCAAAUCCUCUGACAAAUUUGCUGCUAGAGCCAUUCCUGCUAUGUUUAUGGGCUAUGCCUUAACUCAGAAGGGCUAUCAAUUGUAUGACCUCUACUCCUGAACUUUUUUCACCAGUAUGAAUGUAGUGUUUCAAGAGUCAGUUUUCCCUUUCACUAAUGUUAAGUCAGUUGACACUCCUCUAUUUCUAGUUCUGGAUAUUCCUAUUCUUGAGGCCAACAUUCAGUCAAUUAUUCUAGAGGUUCCUCAAUCUUCUAAUUCCCAAGCUACUCAACCUGAACCUGAACCUGAACCUGAACUUGAACUUGUUCCUAACCCUGCUGUUGAACUUCGAAAAUCAGUCAGAACCAAACAUCCUCCUGCCUGGAUGAAUGACUUCAUUUUAUCCAACGCCUGUUCUUAUCCAUUGUCUUCCUAUGUGUCCUACUCUCACCUCUCUCAAUCUUUUCGACAUGCGCUAUCAGUUUUUUCUUCCAUUCAAGAACCUACCUCUUUUAAUCAAGCUGUCCAAGACCCCUCCUGGAUUUUUGCUAUGAAACUUGAGAUUGCUGCGCUUGAGGAUAAUAAUACUUGGUCCAUUGUAGACCUCCCAGCUGGUAAAACUCCUAUUGGUUGUAAAUGGAUUUAUAAGGUGAAGUAUAAAGCCUCAGAGGAAGUGGAAAGGUAUAAAGCACGUUUGGUGGAAAAAGGGUUCAGUCAACAGGCUGGGUUGGAUUAUUCUGAAACUUUCUCCCCUGUGGAAAAAAUGGUCACUGUAAGGUCUCUAAUUGCUCUUGCAGCCUCCAAUCAGUGGUGCAUUUAUCAGAUGGAUGUUCACAAUGCCUUUCUCAAUGGUGAUCUCAUUGAGGAAGUAUAUAUGCAGAUUCCUGAAGGGUUUGUUAGACAGGGGGAGUCUAAGAAGGUCUGCAAACUUCACAAGUCAUUGUUCGGACUAAAACAAGCUCCAAGACAAUGGAAUAAAAAAUUGACUGAUGCUCUUGUCCAGAUGGGAUUCACUCAAAGCCAUUAUGAUUAUUCAUUAUUCACAAAAAGACAGAAGGGAAAUUGGUGUACAUUCUUGUCUAUAUGGAUGAUCUUCUAGUUACUGGGAACAAUCAGGAACUGAUAAAUCAAGUUAGAAAAGAUAUGCAAGAAAUGUUUAAAGUGAAGGAUCUUGGAGAACUUAAGUUUUUUCUGGGAAUAGAAAUUGCAAGGUCACAUGAGGGAAUAGUACUGUGUCAAAGAAAAUAUGCUUUAGAAUUAAUAUCAGAAGCAGGCUUAAGUGGAGCAAAGCCAGCCAACACUCCACUUGAAACCAAUCUGAAACUGACAUCUGUGGUAUAUGACAAAGCUAUACAGCAUGAGGCAGCAACUGGUGAUGAUGAACUAAAAGAUCCUGCUAUGUAUCAGAGACUAGUGGGAAGGUUACUAUACCUAACUAUGACCCGACCUGAUAUAGCAUUUGUAGUGCAAGUUCUCAGCCAAUAUAUGCACUGCCCUAAGAAGUCUCAUAUGGAUGCUGCACUUAGAGUAGUAAGAUACAUCAAAGGUACACCUGGUUUGGGGUUAUUCAUGCCUGCUAAGAACAGCAAUCAACUAUCAGCUUACUGUGACUCAGAUUGGGGUGCUUGUCUAGAAACGAGGAGGUCAGUCACAGGUUAUCUGGUGAAGUUUGGAGGAGCUAUGGUUUCAUGGAAAGCCAAGAAGCAAGAAACUGUGUCCAGAAGUUCAGCAGAAGCAGAAUUUAGGAGGAUGGCUGCAUGCACUGCAGAACUUACAUGGUUGACAGGGCCGUUCAAAGAGUUGGGAGUUCAUAUUCAACAACCUAUAGACUUGAAAUGUGAUAGCAAAGCUGCAAUUCAAAUUGCUGCUAAUCCUAUAUUUCAUGAGAGAACCAAGCACAUAGAUAUCGACUGCCAUUUUGUAAGAGAAAGAGUCAGUCAAGGCAUAAUUAGAACAGACCAUGUAUCUACAACAGAACAACUAGCAGAUAUACUCACAAAGGGGUCAGGAAGAGUUCAACAUGAAUACUUGAUAAGCAAGCUGGGACUAAGAGACAUAUUCAAGCCAUCAGCUUGAGGAGGAGUGUUGAAUCUAGAGAUGCAAUUUGAUGUAUUAAGAGUUAGUUAACUAUCAUCAAGUCUGUUAGAAGUUAGUUAGAGGGCAAGUAAGCCAUUUAAUGUGUAAAGAUGAACAUGCCUAAUGUGUGAACAAAGUCUAUAAAUAGGGCAGUUCACUAUCUCAAUAUAACAGUGAAAACAGAAGAAAUAAAAUUACAGUUAGUUCUCUCUUCUUCA